ACAACUACCAAGCGCCGAACCUUCCCCGAUCAUUCUUCUUCCGUCUCCCCUCCCCCCCUUUUCGCAUCGCCCGGCCUGAUCCUGAAUAAUCCUGAUCGACCUUCACCUUCUAUCCAUGGCGCUCAACUUCCUCCGGCCAGGCGCGCCCGGCGUCCAGCCGGUCGGCGACCGCUGCACGGCGAAGUCGGCCAUCUUCAUCGGCGUCGUCAACGGCCUCGUCUCGCCGCCCUACCUGCAGCGCUGCCUCUGCGCCGGCCGGUGCGACGACGACAGCGACGUGGAGGAGAGGUACUACCUGCUCGCGAACUUCGUGGUCGUCGUGCUCGGCGUGGCCCUCCUAGUCGUCGACAUGGCGGCGCUCUCGCUGACGGUGGUCCUCAGCUCGCCGCGGUGGCCGGCGGCGGUCCGGUGGAUGGUCUGGAUCACCAAGGUCUUGACCUGCGGCACGCUGCAGCUUGGCGUCAACGUCUUGUAUUUUUGUAUUAGGAUGUUGUGCGCCAGGUUGAUGCUCGCUUUCGCCUGACGUCGCCAUUGUUUCGACCAGCAAGAAACCUCUCACCAUUAUUUAAUUUCAUUCAUGGAGUAACCUAAUUCAUUUAAUUUUUUCGUCCAAACUUGCGUACUCUUAAUUUUUUUUUGUGUACUUCUAAAGUCAGGUGUUGUUUAAACUUUAAACUCAGAUCACAAUGGUGCAGUGAAGUACAGUUAACCUUUCGCUGGUCACAGAUCCAUUCUUCAGAAAUGCUGGAUAAGCCUGACUCAUCCAAUGAUCCAAUUCUCAGCCAGAUUUGCAUUAGUCUCGUCCCCCUUGUGUUACUGUAUCAACUUCAUACAAGAGAACACAUUAUACCGGACGCGAUGGCGAUCAAGUUGUCAUGUGCUAGUCCUUUUAAACGUUCGAUCUUUUUGCUGUU